AUGGAGAUAUCUAUAUUUGAUCCUUGUUUUGGAAUUAAUUUUAAGACCGAAGAACUAGUUGAGUUAGAUGACCCAGUUAUGAAGUCAUCACAGGAAUCGGUCUCAAAAGAUGUAAAUGUUGUUCCUGAAAAACAUAUAAAAGACCGUAGUUUUGGUAACCCUGCUAAUGUUAACUUGGAUGAGUUGGGAAUUAUACGCGACAAUCAGUCAUCAAACUUGGAGGAAAGUUUUAAACAUGAAUGUGAUUCCGCUGAAGCUCCUGAUGUUGACGAUCUCGUCACAGAUAGAGGAAGGAAACUCUUCAAGUGUUCUGUAUGUCAUAGUUGCUACACUUCUAAAACAUUUUUAAACAUACACAAUAAAUAUGUUCAUAAAGCAAUCAAAUUGUCGCAUGAUUUACGCAACAAGGAUUUUUCAAUAAAAACUACUCGUGAUCUCCAUAUUAAGACUGCUCAUGAAGGAAUAAAUUAUCAAUGUGGUCAAUGUAAUAGAAAUUUUGCUUGUAAAUCCAACUUACUUCAACAUAUUCAUGUUUUUCAUAAUCGAAUAAAAUAUUCAUGUGUUCAAUGUUAUAAAACGUUUAAAACUAAAUCUCAUUUAAAUAAACACGUGAAAUCUAUUCACGAAAAAUUGAAAUAUGCGUGUGAUCAGUGUAGUGCAGAGUUUGCAUCUAAAUUUUAUUUGAUUGAACAUAUGAAGGUGAUCCAUGAGGGAAAAAAAUAUCCAUGUUAUCAAUGUGAUAAAAAUUUUUCAUCUAAAUGCAAUUUAAAUAUACAUGUAAAAGUUAUUCAUCAAGGUAUAAAAUUCAUCUGUAAUGUAUGUAACAAAGAGUUUGCUUUUAAAGGAAAUUUAGAUAGACAUCACAAGAAUAUUCAUGAAGGAAUGAGAUAUGCAUGUAAUCGUUGUGAUAGAAAGUUUACAACAAAAUAUGAUUUAAUUGGACACAUAAAAGUUAUUCAUGAAGGAACAGAGUAUCGAUGCGAACAAUGUAAUAGAAAAUUUUCAUCUAAAUCCAACUUAAAAGAACACCUGAGAAGUGUUCAUACAGGAGUAGAAUUUCUAUGUGUCUAG